CAAGUGCGCAAGCUCUCCGGUUGCCUGUUUGUUUGGCGAUGACGGUGGCAGCAGUUUUGUCUGUCGGGGAGUGUCUUUCACUUUGUAAUACUAGGGUGGGGGAGUUGAUUUAAAAUCUAUAACUGGACUCUUCAAAACCUUAGAGACAAGUUUCGAAAGUCACGGUUCUAUCGGAUCAAUUGGAGUUGGAGCUCGCCAGCUGUCCAAGGUCUCGUUAUAGAAAAACCUGGUAGGCCCGGUGAAGAGAAGAGGAUCCCUGGGCUUACGCAUACAUGAAGAUACAGGCCAGGAAGAGGACCUUCAUGAGCCGGCAAGUGUCAGAAGUAAACUGGAAUAAAAACUUACAGUAAAGAUACGAACCUGUAGAUAAGGAUUCGCAGUUAAUGAGUUUCUCGGUUCCAUUUGCCAAUUUCACCUUUACCAUUCACCCGGACGGUGUGUGAAGCUGGACCGACUUAGAAGACCGAAGUUAUUUGUAUGCCUUAUUUUUUGCUGUACUAUUGUUGUCCGUCCGUUUUGUUCUUAGAAGACAUCGUUUAUGCCUCCUAAAACCAUUUUUAUAACUCAAUAAAAAGGCAGUAUUACAAAUGAAAGAACACGUGGAUCGUUUCCUACAGGAACAGCUUGCUUUAGGAGCCAGUUAAAAGCAAACGAAAGAUUCGUCAGUGAAAAGUGAGAGCUGCUUAACAUCCGUUUUUUAUUAUAUAUAUAUAUAUAUAUAUAUUUUUGUACAGCAUGAACUGCACGGUUUCAGCCUGACAAGAACCACCGUAUGCUGGAUAUUGUCUGUUGUGAGUUUACAUCAUUUUCGCCAGCCUCCCGAGUUACUUAAACAAAUAUUACUGACUCCCAAGCAACGCCAUUUACAAGAGAAGGUGGCCGGCCAUGCCUUUGCUCCAAGGUUACCUUUUAGCAUGCAUGUCAGUCAAGUGAAACUAUAGUAACGAACAAGUUUUUGUAAUAUGCUGAACAGGAAUUGUAUUUUUGAGCCCAGUGACAAGUACAAGUGCUUUCUGUAUAUGCCGCAUCAUUAAAACAAAGUUGGCCAAUAAAAAAAAAAAAACAAAAAUAAAAUGAACCGCUACCUGCCUGUUGCUCGCCAGCAUUUCAUUGCUGCCCUUGCCAGUACCAGUGUGGUGGUCAAGGCCCUUUGUGCCACAGUCAUCCUUCUUUACCUGCUGUCUUUAGUAGUGAACACAGUUUAUAUUUUAGGAGUAACACCUGGAUAUCUUUUCCCUCCUAAUUUCUGGAUCUGGACUUUAGCUACCCACGCUUUGGUUGAAAGUCAUGUUUGGGAUGUGGCUAUCAGCUUGUGUACAAUAAUUGCAGCCGGAAGACUACUUGAGCCUCUUUGGGGAGCUCUGGAACUGCUCAUUUUCUUCGCAGUUGUUAACACUUCAGUUGGUGUCUUGGCUGGAUUCUCUUAUUUACUUACAUAUGUUGCCACCUUCAAUCUGGACUACUUAUUUUCUGUGCAGAUCCACGGCAUGUUGGGUUUUUUGGGUGCUGUACUUGUAGCACUCAAACAGACUAUGGGAGAUUUAACAGUCCUACGUGUGCCCCAGAUUCGACUUAAAGUGGUCCCCAUGUUGGUGUUGCUGGCCUUGUCUCUGCUUCGUCUCACAACAUUAACUAAAACCACUGCACCCCUUGCAUCAUAUGGCUAUGGCAUGCUCUCCAGCUGGGUAUAUCUACGAUUUUACCAGAAACAUAGCCGUGGGCGAGGGGACAUGUCGGAUCACUUUGCAUUUGCUUCUUUUUUCCCAGAGAUUUUGCAGCCAGUCGUUGGAUUUUUGGCUAGUGUGAUACACAGCAUCCUGGUCAAGAUAAAAGUGUGCCGCAAGACUGUAAAGCGCUAUGAUGUGGGAGCACCCUCUUCAAUUACAAUCAGUUUGCCAGGGACGGACCCACAAGAUGCAGAGAGGAGAAGGCAGUUGGCUCUCAAGGCCUUAAAUGAACGUUUGAAGAGGGUGGAGGACCAGUCAACAUGGCCCAGUAUGGAUGAUGAGGAGGAAGAAGAAGAUGAACGCAACAGAGCAGACAUUCCACUUCUUUCGACACGUGAGACCCCUGUGUCUGCUGGAGGCAGCACAGGAAAGAACAGUGAUGUUCAGGAGUCUAGCAUCAUCAGCUUUGAAGAUGCACCUUCCCAAUCCUAACACCGUACUUAAUGAUGCAAAAGGCCAAUCCCACUCAACCAGCUGCCACCCUUCAGAAAGACUGUGCUGCUCCACGUGGGACCGUGUACAUGCUUGCAUGCAUGUACUCAUAGGACUGUACAACGGUGUUUCAUUCUGGCAGUACUUAGCAGGUAGACGUCUCAGCCUACCAUACAGUCUCCCUGAAUUGCCACGCAGCCAGCAGGAAUACUUCCUGGGCGACGUCUGUGUUACAGAAAGUUAAGCUUCAGUGGAUGCAAAGUGCACAUUAGGAAAGGGGGCCGUUGUAUUCACCAUUUGUGCAAGCAUCUAGUUUCAACAAUGUCUGAUUUGUAAGCUCUUUUGUUCUGUACAACACAAUUUUUAUAAAGUUCUAGAAACAGUUGAUUACACCAUUUCCUUUGCUUUGUUCAAGUGCUUAAAGAUCUCUUUGUACUUUAAUCAUUCUUUGAAAUUGUGAACUAUGCUGGUUUCUUUGGAUAAACUUUUUAUAUUAAGAGUUCUGUACACUUGCUGUUUCUUCCAUGCUUGUGAGGCAUGGCUGGAGUUCUCACCCCUUCCUUCGGUCCAGGGUGAUGUAAUUCUUAUCCAGGCAAAAGCCAAAGUGGUCAUCCCGCCCUUUUGAAUAGCCUACGAUGGCCUCUAUUUGCACUGACGGUAAGACGCUUCAUUUACUUGCCACUGCUAAGGAGUGGUGGAGGGCCAUAGGCUGUGCUGCGCUGUGUUAGCCUUCUGGACCAGUCUCACGCUCUCUUCUUGGUCAUUUUACUCAAAUCAGUUUUAGGGCAUUUUGAAACACACUGCAGACUGAAGAAUGUAAUUCCAUUUUUACUUAAAGAGUUUAGAAAUAAGCAAAAGAGGUGCUUUUUUUGUUGUUUUUGGCAAGAAAAAUUUGAACCCCUUAUAUGAUUAGUGCAGUGUUUUCAAGUAUGCUCACUAGAAAUGGUCCCAAAAUGUAUUUAAUUUUCAUUGUCAGACUUAGAGACUGGUUCAGAUCUCAGAUUCUUUUGUGUCAAAUGGAAUAAAGAUAUCAAAUUGCUGUUUAAGAUCCCUCAGAAACUCAGUAGGCGUCUAACAAUUAAGAAGUCCACUUGUUUUAUGGCUUUUUUUUCUUUUCUUGGGGCUUCUUUAAACUGAAAUGGGCCGGGGGAAACAAAGCGUUGUUUUUAUUCACUUAUGCAUUAGAACCAGCAGUUAAACGACAUUUGAUUAAACAGUGAGUAAUAUGAAAAUUCUUGUAAUAUCACAUUUUUUCAGAAUGGUGUUUCAAAGUGCUUUAUGGUAAUUAAAAAUCAUAAAAAUAAAUUGGAGGGAAACUU